CGGCACCACGUGGCGUCGUCGAGCCGUGGCUUCCGUCAAAUAAAAAUAGUCAGUCGCCAUUAUGCGGUCCGGGCUAUUAGUCCUGUGUAUUAUUUUGUGUAGAGGACGAUGCUCAUUAAGAAGCGCUGGGAAGACCACAACUUUGUGUUCUUUAAAUGCAUUACUAUACUGACUGACCUUCGCUUUCCUAAAAACUGCUUCGACGUCGUUCAUUGGCCACACAAUGCAGUAGGUAUCAAGUUCAAUGAUGUUUACAUUUUGAUAAGCUGCACUACUGUACCUACUGCAGUAUAUAACCUGCUUUACUGAAAUUUACAAAACUUCUGCCUAAACUAAGCAGCAUUUUUUUGGAUUCUUACAUCAUUCUUUCAAACGAGACCAAGAAUUUUGGACAAACCUAGCACAAAACGAGCUUCAAGAGGCGUUGAAGGUACAGCUAAAUCAUGGAAUCGCUAAAAAUGUAAUAAUAUUCAUUGGAGACGGCAUGGGACCCAACACAGUGACCGCCACCAGGAUCUACAAAGGAGGGGAGUCCCAUCGCCUGGAGUUUGAGAAGUUUCCUCAUGUUGGUCUGUUGAAGACAUACUCAGCCAAUACUAUGGUUUCCGACUCGGCUUGCACGGCCACGGCGAUGUUCUGCGGGGUCAAGGUCAACAAGGACACUGUGGGGGUCGACGCUACCGUCCGACGCAAAGACUGCGAGAGCUCCUUGAAGCCCGAAGUGAGACUGACCAGUUUGGCUGCGCUGGCGCUUAAAGCUCGGAAAAGUGCUGGUUUCGUGACAACGAUGCGUGUGACGCACGCGACACCGAGCCCACUGUACGCGCACAGUGCGGACCGUCUCUGGGAGUGCGAAGACCACAUGCCGGCCAACGCCAGGGUUUGCAAGGACCAUGCCCGACAGCUCUUCGAAGACUGGCCCGGGAAGGAUCUCAAUGUAAUUAUGGGUGGCGGCAGACAAUCUCUGGUUUCUAACAUCCAAGGGACGCCGGAUGCCUGGGUCUGUGCGUCCAAAGACGGUCGAAAUUUAAUUGAAACCUACAAGAUGGACAAGCACAUCCGAGGGCUGAAUUAUAGUGUAGUCUCUAACACACAGGAACUAAAAAGCUUUAAUAAUAAUUCCGAUUAUCUUCUAGGAAUUUUCGCUAACAGCCAUAUGGAUUACGAGUACCAAAGAAACAAAGGGCCUGAAGGAAUGCCGUCAAUAUCAGAAAUGGUAGAAGCUGCCAUCAAAGUUCUAAGGAGAAACAAAAAUGGAUAUUUCCUGAUGGUAGAAGGUGGCAACGUAGACAUGGCCCACCACCGAGGUCGAGCGAAGCUUGCCAUAGACGAGGCUGCAGCCAUGGAGGAGGCAGUGAAGGUAGCUGCAGCGAUGACUGAUGAAAAGGACACUCUUCUGAUUGUCACCAGCGACCACACUCACACGCUGAACAUCAACGGAUACCCGCCCAGGGGGUCCAAUAUAUUUGGCAUUGCACAAGCAUCACCCCUAGACGGCGUCAACUACACAACGCUGGCCUACAGCACCGGAGGGCCAGACUCCUUCCAAUACUUCGCGCAGACCGAUGAGAACAACCGUACCAGGGUGCUGAGACGGGACCCUGGGCUCGAAGACACCGACAGCAUAGACUACAAGCAGAUCGCGAGCAUUACGCUUUCGGAGAAUAGUCAUGGAGGUGGUGACGUUGCAAUUUAUGCCAGAGGUCCCCAUUCCCACUUAUUCCACAACGUCCACGAACAGCACUACGUAUACCACGCCAUACAGUACGCGGCCAAAAUUGGCGCCUACGCAACUAAUGCCUCAACAUCUAAUGCAGUUUCAUAUAUUGUAUUAAUGGCCACUACUCUGGCCACAUCGUUUUUAUUAUACACAUAAUAGAUUUAUUAUAACAUACCACAUGGUUUGUUAAAAUGUUCAGUAUUUUAAAGUGAUAUUAUUACUAUAAGUAUGUGAUGUUUUAUUUAAAAUAUAUGCUUACAAAAUAACUGC